AUGUCCAUCGUAUCGCUUGCGGAGGGUAGCUUGCCUACAGUGACCAAAGAAGAAUUACACGCGGCUGCGAAAGGCAGAGACUUCUCCAUCCCGGUCGGCAGUCAGGAAGAGACGGACUUCCUCCUGCUGCAAAACAGCUUCGAUGCCGUGGCCUCGGUAGUGGCGGGUCUCCCUGAAUAUAUCGAUCCGAGACUUGAGCCCGCACCCACAGAAGGAGGAGAUCGAAAAUGGAGAAAACCCACUUCAGAAGAGAAUCCUCUCAAUGCUUGGUCGCACAAGUGUAAUCAGACACAUCUCAAGGCAUCUGAUCCAACAAGCAAAGCGCUUGCCGGAAAGACUUUGGCCAUGAAGGAUAAUGUCAGUGUUGCUGGAGCACCUCUGCGCUUGGGAACUGCUCCCGAGUUAUUCAAGAAUGGAAAGUAUGCUACCAGUGAAAUCGACGCAACGGUAGUAAAACGAAUCCUCGAGGCCUCUGGUACCAUCACUGGAACAGCAGUAUGCGAAAACUUCAGCUUGUUUCCUACCUCUGUUUCAGCAGAUAGUGGAGCAGUUCACAAUGCCUGGGCACGAGGCUACAUGACGGGAGGCAGUAGUUCAGGCUGUGCUUCCUUGGUCUCGGUAAAGGAUGUCAAGGAGUGGAGCGACAAGCAUGGGCUGACCUUUGAGACGGACGCUCUGGAGGAAGAAGGUGUGGAUAUGGCCAUUGGAGGAGAUCAAGGAGGCUCCAUUCGCGUUCCAGCAGCCUUUGGCGGUUUCUAUGGUCUGAAGUGUACUACAGGACUGGUUCCAUACACAGGAAUAGUCUCAAUCUUGCCAAUGCUUGAUUCGACAGGACCCAUGGCAAGAUCUGUUGAAGAUAUUGCACUGUUGCUUGGCGUCAUCGCAGGCUACGACGGCAUUGACCCUCGUCAGACACCCGAAACACCCCUUCGACAUGCUGUACCCGACUACACCGGGCUACUCGCCGAGUGGCAGGCAGCCAAAAAGGACGCCGGCGAAUGGAACGCAACAGCUGCAGCCAAAGGCCUCCGGAUUGGCAUCCUCAAGGAAGCCUGGGAGAUCGCCAGCCUGAACACCGACGUGGCCGCGAUCGUCAGGGCCGCCGCGGAGAGAUUCAGUAAGCUCGGGGCGCAAGUCCACGAGAUCUCUGUGCCACUGCAUCUGCAAGGCGCAAACAUUUGGACCGUUGCAGGUCGCGAGGCCAUACCCCGAUUCUUCGAGAACAGGGCUUCCGAUCUUCUGUCUCAUCCCUUGCCAGGGCUUGAGCCGAACCCGACGAACCAGACCUUCUACGACAAGCUGGUCUACAAGAACCCGGCUGUCAUCAAUGUCGUGCUCAACAGUGAGCACAUGGAAACUAAAUAUGGACCUUCGCUUACGCGCAAGGCUCACAUGCUCGUCCAUCAACUGCGGGCAGAGUAUGACAAGGCCUUUGAGAAGGUGGAUAUCUUGAUCACGCCUACAACGCCGACUGUCGCCAACAAGCAAUGCAACUACACUAGUGUCAUGGAGAUUGCACAAAAGGCAGUGGGUGUGACGUUGAAUACUUCACCCUUCAACUGUUCCGGGCACCCUGCAAUGUCGAUGCCAUGUGGUUGGUCCGAGACAGCCGAUGGCCAAGGCAAACUUCCUGUUGGUAUGCAGCUCGUAGGCAAGAGAUGGCACGAGAUGGACAUACUGAAGGCCGCCACUGCUUGGGAAGUACUUGGCAAAGGACUAGACUCAUGA